UAUUUUGUCCUCUUUUUUUCGAGCAUCUGCAAGGUUCGGACAAUAGUUUAGCAGGUGCAUUAGAAAGGUCAUAGUCUAGAGGGGGGGGAGGCAAGAGAGAUGUUUCAAUGGGAGCAGAGGAGCUCAGAGAGAGGUAGUAUAUCCUUUCAUUCACAAAGCAUUCAUGACUUCAUCCCCUCAAAACUGACAGUAACACAUCAGAUCAUUUUGAAGACUGACUAAAGGAAAACUUCUCACCUCAGGCAUGGAUCUGGAGGACCAAGAGCCCGUGGUUCUGAGAGAAGACAACAGGGGAAGGAGGAGGAGAAUGAAGCCACAAAGUGCUGGCAUCAGCUCAUCUUCAAUGGAACUCAUUCCUAUAGAAUUUGUCCUGCCUACCAGCCACCAGAACACCAAAGUCUCAGAAACGGUGAUCCUGGAAGCAGCUGGAAGUUGCAAUGUGGAACAGAUGAAAGCACAGGUCUGGAUGCAGGCCAUGGAGACUAGCAUGGCCAUGGAAUUCUAUCACCAGUCCUCCCCAGAGCAGUUUCUCCUGCUAUACCAGAAAAAGGGACAGUGGUAUGAGAUCUAUGACAAGUACCAGUUGAUACAGACAUUGGACUGUGUGAAGUAUUGGAAAGCCCUCCACAAGAACAUGGGCCAGAUCCGUGUGGUCCAGAGGCAGCUACCCACCGAGGAAACGCGGGAGUUCCAGCAACAGCUGAAUGAUCUGAUUGGCUAUGAUGUUACUAACAUGAGCAAUGUGCAUGAUGAUGAGUUGGAAUUCACCCGGCGCCGGCUUGUCACCCCACGGAUUAAGGAGGUAGCCGUCCGAGACCCCAAACUCUAUGCCAUGCAUCCUUGGGUGACUUCCAAGCCACUCCCCACCUACCUGUCAAAAAAGAUUGUCAAUAAUUGCAUUUUGAUCGUCAUCCACCGAGGCACCACGAGUCAGACGAUCAAGGUCUCAGCAGAUGACACCCCGGGUACAAUCUUGCAGAGCUUCUUCACCAAGAUGGCUAAGAAGAAGUCUCUGAUGGACAUCCCUGAAAGUCAAAGUGAGCUGGAUUUUGUGCUUCGAGUCUGUGGCCGGGAUGAGUACAUUGUAGGUGAAACGCCUAUCAAGAAUUUCCAGUGGAUCAGGCAUUGCCUCAAGAACGGGGAAGAGAUUCACCUUGUACUGGAUAGUCCUCCUGACCCAGGGCAGGAUGAGGUGAGGAAGGAAGAGUGGCCACUUGUAGAUGACUGCACAGGAGUCACAGGCUACCAUGAGCAGCUGACAAUAAAUGGCAAGAAUCAUGAGAAAGUGUUUACUGUUUCCCUGUGGGAUUGUGACCGGAGGUUCAGGGUCAAGAUCAGGGGCAUUGACAUCCCUGUGCUCCCACGGAACACCGAGCUCACGGUCUUUGUGGAAGCAAACAUCCAACAUGGGCAGCAGGUCCUUUGCCAAAGGCGUACCACCUCUAAACCUUUCACAGAGGAGGUGCUCUGGAAUGUGUGGCUUGAGUUUGAUAUCAAAAUCAAGGACUUGCCCAAAGGGGCUUUACUGAACCUUCAGAUUUACUGUGGGAAAGCCCCAGCCCAGUCUUCCAAGGCCGCUGGAUCUCAUGAGAGUUCUGGCUUCGAAGCCAAAGGCAAAACUCAGUUACUCUAUUAUGUGAACCUACUGCUUAUAGACCACCGAUUUCUCCUGAGGCAUGGAGAAUAUGUCCUGCAUAUGUGGAAGAUAUCAGGGAAGGGAGAGGACCAAGGGAGCAUCAAUGCUGAUAAGCUUACCUCAGCAACCAACCCUGAUAAGGAUAAUUCUAUGUCAAUCUCCAUCCUUCUGGACAAUUAUUGCCACCCAAUAGCCUUGCCCAAGCACAGGCCCACCCCUGACCCAGAAGGGGACAGGGUAAGGGGAGAGAUGCCCAAUCAGCUUCGAAAACAGCUGGAAGAGAUCAUAGCCACUGACCCACUUAACCCACUCACUGCAAAGGACAAAGAAUUACUAUGGCAUUUUAGGUAUGAAAGCCUUAAGCACCCCAAAGCGUAUCCUAAGCUGUUUAGCUCCGUGAAAUGGGGACAACAAGAGAUUGUGGCCAAAACAUAUCAGUUGUUAGCCAGAAGGGAAGCUUGGGAUCGAAGUGAUUUGGAUGUUGGGUUAACAAUGCAGCUCCUGGACUGUAACUUUUCAGAUGAAAAUGUAAGAGCCAUUGCAGUGCAAAAGCUAGAAAGCUUGGAGGAUGAUGAUGUCUUGCAUUACCUGCUGCAACUAGUUCAGGCUGUGAAAUUUGAACCAUACCAUGACAGUGCUCUUGCCAGAUUUCUGCUGAAACGUGGUUUGAGAAAUAAAAGAAUCGGUCACUUCUUGUUUUGGUUUCUGAGAAGUGAAAUUGCUCAGUCCAGGCACUACCAGCAACGGUUUGCAGUGAUCCUUGAAGCCUAUUUGAGGGGCUGCGGCAUGGCCAUGUUAGAGGAUUUCACAAAACAGGUUCAAGUAAUCAGGAUGCUACAAAAAGUCACUAUUGAUAUUAAGUCACUGUCUGCUGAAAAGUAUGAUGUCACUUCCCAAGUUAUCUCACAACUUAAGCAAAAGCUUGAAAACCUUCAGAAUUCUAAUCUUCCAAAAAGCUUUAGAGUUCCCUACGAUCCUGGCCUGAGAGCAGGAACACUUGUGAUUGAAAAGUGUAAAGUAAUGGCAUCCAAGAAGAAGCCCUUAUGGCUUGAAUUUAAAUGUGCUGAUCCCACAGCCCUAUCCAAUGAAACUAUAGGAAUUAUCUUCAAACACGGAGAUGAUUUGCGUCAAGACAUGCUUAUUUUACAAAUUCUUCGAAUUAUGGGAUCUAUUUGGGAAGCAGAGUCUUUGGACUUGUGCCUACAGCCAUAUGGUUGCAUUUCAACCGGAGACAAAAUAGGAAUGAUUGAAAUUGUGAAGGAUGCUACCACCAUUGCCAAAAUUCAGCAGAGCACAGUGGGUAAUACUGGAGCGUUUAAGGAUGAAGUGCUAAAUCAUUGGCUCAAAGAAAAAUGCCCAAUUGAAGAAAAGUUCCAGGCAGCAGUGGAGAAAUUUGUAUAUUCAUGUGCUGGCUACUGUGUGGCAACCUUUGUUCUUGGUAUAGGAGACAGACACAAUGACAACAUUAUGAUCACGGAGACAGGAAAUCUAUUUCAUAUUGACUUUGGUCACAUUCUUGGGAAUUACAAAAGUUUCCUGGGUAUCAACAAAGAAAGAGUUCCAUUUGUGCUAACCCCAGAUUUCCUCUUCGUGAUGGGAACUUCCGGGAAGAAAACAAGCCUGCACUUCCAGAAAUUUCAGGACAUCUGUGUCAAGGCUUACCUAGCUCUUCGGCAACACACCAACCUACUGAUCAUCCUGUUUUCCAUGAUGCUGAUGACUGGUAUGCCCCAGUUAACUAGCAAGGAAGAUAUUGACUAUAUUCGGGAUGCCUUGACAGUGGGGAAAAAUGAAGAGGAGGCCAAGAAGUAUUUCCUUGAUCAGAUAGAAGUUUGUAGAGACAAAGGCUGGACUGUGCAGUUUAACUGGUUCUUACAUCUUGUUCUUGGUAUCAAACAAGGAGAAAAACACUCUGCCUAAGGUUUACAGCAGUAUUUGAAGGUGAAAGACCAUUAGAAGAGUUCGAAAUAAAACUUCAGUUCCUGAACUUGAACUAAAAACGGAAUCGGACAUUCUGACAGUGAGCACUUCAGAAAUAUGGCUGUUUCUUGCUGACUUUUUUUGAAAUAGCCAAACUGUUAUCACUGCAGAUUAUUUAAUAGCUAAUGCUUCAUACUGAGCAGAUUUCCAGGUUCUCCCAGUAAUGCCUAGAGAAGAGAGUUUUUAAGUUUAAACAGAUUAAUACCAUUAUUGUUAUGUUAAAAGGUAUGAUUGAGUUAUUAGGUGCUUCUGAAAAUGCUUCCAGAAAGAAAUUAUAACAUCUAUUUUCAUCUGUGUAUCAAAGAUUGCCCUUGAUGGUACCCUUCUCCCCCUUUUCUUUCUAUCCGUUUAUCCUUCAAGCAUCUCUACAGGGAAAAAAACAUGUAGUCAAUUUAACUUCAUUCCAUAAAAGGUGCUUUCAAAACAUCCUCUCAUGUUGUUAGACACCAAUGACAUGCCAAGAGCAAAGAAGGCAGGUUAAGCUUUUCACAAUGCCAUUUGCAAUUAUGUACUUUAAAGUGAACAAAUGAGCAUAGAAAGGCACAUGAGAACUUAAAAUGGAAAAUCCACACCUUUUUGCCUUUAUUCUUUUCUGCUGGUCUGGUUCCAGGAUUUUGAAUGUGCGUAAUACAAAUGAUUGCAUCUGUUACUGCUCUCCAUGUAAGAAAGAGUAAUUCAGUGUAAUUAAAGGAGCUUUCUCAACCAUGGAAACAGGAAAUCAUUGUUACAGGCUCUCAUCUCUGCUUCCUUUCUCACUUUCCAUUCUCCCAACUCUUUCCAAACACAAACACAUGCCCGCAUGGGAUUGUGAAAUCUUCAAGGGUACUUUUGUCCCAGGAUUGAGAAAAAAUUAUUUGGAAAUAAAUUCUCCUUUAGAACUACUAACAUUUUUAAUCUUUAUAAGAAACAAAUUCCCUAUUUUUGAAACAUAUUUUAAAGGACAAUUCAAAAGAUACAAAUUAAUAAACAAGUGAUUUCUAUUAAAUUUAUCAUAAAAGGAUUUUUAAAAGAAGAUAAUUGUUCCUCUAAAAAUUUCCUUUUUGAGAAGAAAAAUUUCCUUAUUUCCAAGCUUAAAAAACUUCAAAAUUGUUUUACAUUUUUCAGAUUCCAUAUAUAAAUGACCAAACCAUAUUAGGCUAUUUGAAAUAUUAUAUAUUUUGCUAUUUAUGAGGUGAUUAUUAAAGUUCUCUGAAAUGGAAUCAUUAAGAAAUUAUUUAUAAGCCCUAGAAAUGAUCUAUACUUAGAACUGUACAUAAAAUUAGUCUAAUUUUAAGGUUAUAUGAGUAGGGCAUGUGGUCAGAGAUUAAAUAUAUUUUUGUCAAGUAUGAUAAUUAUUCAAGUUAGACCUAAUCUUAGACUUUUUUGUAUAUAAGACAGCAGUAGCCAUCCACUUUCCUGAAUUUAAGAUGUUAGUAAUAACACCACCUCCCCUGCCUAAUGAUUCUCUCCUUUGGCAAGAUCUGUGCUUGGCUGGUAAGGAAAUUGCCAUCAUUAGCAUUAUCUUUAUGACCAAGAAAUUUUGGGGAAAAGGAUAUGUAUUAUCUCAAUCAAGGAAUCUUUUCCCCUUAAAUCAAGGAGGGGGAAAAUUGCUAUCCUAAGCAACUUCACAAUCCUUUGGGAACUGUAAAUAUUUCACUCUGCUGAAGGCCUUGCUGGGUUACGUAUGAGGAGAAAACAAAUUCUGCCUCCCUAAAAGGAUAGCAUUAGAGGCUAUGGGGAUUCUCAUGAUACUUGUUUGCCACAAGUCCUUUCAGGACUGAAAGGAAGAAUCAGGCUUCAGACAAGUAUGUUUUCAUUACUCUUCUGAGGAAUAAUUACUUUCAAGUGAAAGAAAAGUCAAGAUCCAGCAUUGUAUAAAUUUUCUUUCCAAUGGAGUUCCUGACAGUCUCCUCUUCCUGAUGAUUAAAGAUAAUGAAAGAAAGAAAA